AUGUCGCUGCAGACUCCGAGACAAACAAACCAGCAACCACCCACACACCAGCAACCACCCAGGAACCAGCAGGAGCCACCCAGGAACCAGCAGGAGCCACCCAAGAACCAGCAGGAGCCACCCAAGAACCAGCAGGAGCCACCCAAGAACCAGCAGGAGCCACCCAAGAACCAGCAGGAGCCACCCAGGAACCAGCAGGAGCCACCCAAGAACCAGCAGGAGCCACCCAGGAACCAGCAGGAGCCACCCAAGAACCAGCAGGAGCCACCCAGGAACCAGGCCUGA